CUCAGCCCAAGCAGUUUCUACAUCGGCUUGCAGCAUGAAACACCUCAAAGCCCUACUUGUAGCAAACCGGGGGGAAAUCGCCUGUCGACUCCUGGUAGCCGCCAAAAAGCUUGGCAUUCGCACGGUAGCUAUCUACACCGAAUCGGACUCGCAAUCAGGUCAUGUUGGUGCCGCGGAUGAGGCAGUUCUCCUGACCGGGGAUGCCAGAGCCGCGUACCUUGAUGGAGAGCAGAUCAUCGCCAUCGCCAGGUCCCGGGAUGUGCAGGCCAUUAUCCCCGGCUAUGGGUUUCUCUCCGAAAACGCCGCCUUUGCCCGGGCAGUUGCCGCGGCGGGCCUGAUCUUCGUCGGGCCCUCGCCUGAGGCGAUCGAGUCUUUCGGUCUCAAACACACGGCCCGAGUGCUAGCGCUGGAUGCAGGGGUACCCGUGGUGCCCGGAUCCCCAGGCCUCGUGUAUUCAGAAGAUGCCGCUGUGGAGUUGGCUCAACAGCUCGGCUACCCGGUGAUGCUGAAGGCCACCGCCGGCGGGGGCGGCAUGGGCCUGAUAGCAUGCACCACCCAGGCAGAGCUGCGCCAGAACUUCCAGUCCACUAGGUCUCGCGGGGAGUCGUUGUUCAAGAACGCUGGCGUCUUCCUGGAACGAUACUAUUCGGAUAGUCACCACAUCGAAGUGCAGGUCUUCGGCAACGGACAAGGACAAGCCAUCAGCAUCGGGGAAAGGGAGUGCUCCAUCCAGCGCCGGCACCAGAAGGUCGUGGAGGAGUGCCCCAGUCCCUUUGUGACGCAACGAUUUCCAGAACUCCGAGCUAAGCUGACAGAGGCCGCGGUGGCGCUGGCGGAGAGCAUCCAAUAUGGCUCCGCCGGCACAGUCGAAUACCUGGUGGAUGAUGAGUCUGGGGACUUCUUCUUCCUGGAGAUGAACACGCGACUACAGGUCGAGCACGGAGUUACUGAGAUGUGCUACAACGUGGAUCUGGUCGAGCUCAUGUUGCAACAAGCUGACUACGAGCUCGGUGGGUUCGGCGGCAUUCCAGCGGAGGAGCUAAAAGUCUGGCAAGCACAGUGGCUGGAGCCACACGGACAUGCUAUCGAAGCACGAGUCUAUGCCGAGAAUCCGGCUAGAAACUUCGCUCCGAGUCCCGGUCUACUGCAAGAGGUGACCUGGCACGAGCUCCCCGGAACCCGAAUUGACACUUGGGUCAGGGCUGGUCUCACGGUUAGCCCUGACUAUGACCCCCUCCUGGCCAAGAUCAUCUAUCACGCACCCACUCGAUCCGACGCGGUGAUCGGCAUGAGAGAAGUGCUCGCAGAGAGCGUCAUUUGCGGCGCCCCAGUCAAUCUCGACUACCUCUCUGCGAUUGUCGACGACGGCCGAUUCUGCAAGGGCCAUACCAUGACCAAGUUCCUCGACUCUCUGCAUUAUGCCCCUGCAGCCAUUGAUGUCAUAUCCGGCGGAUCAUACACCCUCGUGGAGGACUAUCCCGGGCGGCCGUUCGUCAGCCACGGCUUCGGUCAUGCCGGUCCGAUGGAUCCCAUCGCCUUUCAAGCGGCGAAUAUCCUUGUGGGAAACCCGCCGACUACCGAGGCGCUGGAGAUCACCCUGGUGGGCCCGGAGCUUCUGUUCCUCGGAGACGCGGUGGUAGCGCUCUGUGGCCCUCCCAUCCCUGCGACGCUGGAUGAUCAAGAGCUCGCCGAAUGGACGCGCGUCAGGGUCCGAGCCGGACAGAGGGUCAAGAUAGGGAGACUGGCGGCCCAAUGCCGUGUCUACCUGGCUGUCUAUGGCGGAUUUCUCAACGUCUCAAGCUGGUUCGACAGCAAAUCAACUAACCCGCUGGUCGGAGUCGGCGGGUAUCAAGGUCGACCCCUCCGCGCUGGCGAUUUCUUGCAGAUUGUCUCGCAAGACCAGCUGCCGGAAGCACAAGCCGUCCGCAUGCCACGCUCCCUUAUCCCUCAAUACUCUAACGACUGGGUGAUUCAAGUCAUGCCUGGGCCGUACGAGACCGGUUAUCUGACCCCGAAAGCCAUCGAGAUGUGCUUUUCGACCACCUGGACGGUGAGCCACAAUGCUGCCCGCGGUGGCAUCCGCCUCAUUGGGCCGCGACCGGAGUACGCGCGUGGCGACGGGGGAGAUGGAGGAUCCCACCCGAGUAACGUCUUUGAAUAUGGAUACCCAAUGGGCGGCCUGAACUGGACUGGGGACGAGCCGGUCCUAUUUCCGGUGGAUUGUCCAGAUUUUGGCGGCUUCGUGUGCAGUCUGACCGUCAUCCGGGCGGACUUCUGGAAGCUCGGCCAGCUUCGCGCGGGAGACACCGUCCGGUUCCACCGCGUCGACCUCGAUACUGCGUUGGCGUGCAGGCGCAGACACGAGCGUUUUCUGCAGAGCCUCGUUUCUUGUGUAGAGAACAACUCGUGGGACGAUCCUAUCGCUUUUAAAGACGCGGCCCUGAAUUCCCUUGCCUAUGCCGCGAGUCAGGACGUGGUCGCUUCCUUGGACGCCACUGAGACGCAGCCCAAGGUGACCUACCGUUCUGGAGCGGACGACUACCUCCUCGUUGAGUACGGCGAUGGCAACUUGGACCUGGAGAUGAAGUGUCGGUCGACGGCCCUGAAACGCGCCCUGGAGUCGGCCACCGGGGCGAUCUCCACCAGCCGGGACCAAGGCGGCCAGAUCUACAACCUCGUCGCGUGCGGUAGCUCGUUGGCCGUCUGGUACAAUGGAAUCAAGCUUGCGCGAGCUGAUCUGGUCCACCGACUGCUUGAGAUUGAACACACGUUGGGGGACAUGCGCGCGGUGCGAUUCCCCAUCCGUCGCUACCAGCUCCCCGUCACCUUCCAGCACCACAAGCUGGUCGAGAUGGUUGAGCGCUACACGACCACCCAGCGGUCGAGCGCAGCGUACCUUCCGGAUAGCUUCGCGUAUGUGGCCGAGUUCAACGGUAUGACCCCACAGGAGCUCAAGAAUGUUCUACUGGCGGCCGAAAACGUUGUGCUCGCGGUGGGAUUUAUCAUGGCCUUGCCCGUUGCCGUGCCCCGAGAUCCCCGCCUCCGCAUCCGCACCCCGAAGAUGAACCCCAGUCGCAACUACACCCCUGCCGGCUGCUUUGCAUACGGAGGCUCCUCUAUUUCCAUAUACCAGGUCGAUAGCCCCGGCGGGUAUAUGCCACUGGGCAUGUCUCUCCCGACGCUCGACCUCUACGGCACGAAUUCGGUCUUUCAGCAGCAGGCCUGGCUGAUCCAGGAUAUGGAUACAAUCAGCUUUUUCGAAGUGUCAGAGGAGGAAUAUGACAGGAUAUUGGCGGACCUGCGUGCGAGACGGUAUCAAUUCCAGGUCGAGGACGGUGUCUUCGACAUGGCCGAAUACCGUCAACUGCUGAAGGAGACCGAGGGGGAGGCUGAGGCAAUCCGGCAGAAGCAGCUCGUGGCAGCCGCCCAGGCGACGGCAAGGGAGAAGGCUCUCCUGGAUCAAUGGGUGGCGGAGAAAGAUGCAAUGGUGCCUGAUGAUGAUGAGGUAGCACGCUUACUGCAGGACGCGACAAUUCAAGCGGUCGAAGCCCCGACCAGCGCGAACGUGUGGAAGGUGCUUGUUGAGCCAGGUACUAAGGUAGCCCAAGGCCAGACGCUCGCGAUCUUGGAGGCCAUGAAAAUGGAAAUCAAUGUGAAUGUAGCUCCGGAAAUUGCGGGUGCCACCGUGGUGAAGGUCUUGGUCCAGCCGGGGGGUAGUGUACAUGGUGGUCAACCGGUCAUACUGCUGCAACAACAAGGACAAGAAGUGUGA